AUGCCUUUCAACCCGACAAAGGACAUCCCGGACUUGUCUGGCAAGGUCAUCAUUGUGACUGGUGGCAGCAGUGGUCUCGGUAAGGAGAGUGUACACCAACUCGUCAAGCACAAUCCUGAGAAGAUCUACCUCGCUGCCAGAACAAGCCAGCGAGGUAAUGCCGCCAUCAACGAUAUCGAGAAAGCCACCCCGUCCGCCAAAGGAAAGAUUCAUUACCUAGAGAUCGACAUGGCUUCCUUCGCAUCGGUCAAGAAGGCUGCCGACCGUAUCCUGGCAGAGAACAACCGUCUGGACAUUCUCAUGAACAACGCCGGCGCUACCGGCGGUGCCCCGGGCCUGACUACCGAAGGCUAUGAAGAUCAAUUCGGCAGCAAUUACAUGGGUCCUACUCUCUUCACCAAGCUCCUUUCUCCUCUAUUGCGCAAGACGGCAGAAGAACCCAACAGCGAUGUUCGCAUCAUCAACCUCAGCUCCGAACUCUUCAAACAAGGCCCUAAGGAUGGAAUCUUGUUUGCCAAGCUGAAGAGUCCCAUGGCUGAUAUGGGUUCCAUUCCCCGGUAUGGACAGUCCAAGCUUGCAAACUACUAUUUCAGCAAGGUUGCCGCUGAAAAAUAUCCCACCAUCAAGUCCGUAGCUCUCCACCCUGGUGUCGUCAACACUGGUAUCUGGGAUGAAUUCAAGAAGAGAAGACCAUACCUGGGCAUGGUGUUUGGUGCUCUCUCUGGUCUUUUCCUUACCGACGUUCAUGAAGGCGCAAAGAGACAGUUGUGGGCGGCCACUGCCAAAAAACAAGAUGUCAAGACUGGUGCCUUCUAUACACCGAAAGGUACUGAGUAUCCUCAAGCGAUACUCAAGAACGACAAACUUGCACACGAGCUGUGGGACUGGACCGAGAAAGAGUUUGCAAAGCACGGCUUCUGA